UCACUGGGCAGAGAAGAAGAGGAAUAUUUACCGAAAUAGUAACUAGCAGUGAAUGCGAGAGUUAUACGAGCAAAACGAAGAGGAAGAAGGCGGUGAACAUGGCUAGAUACCUGGGGUUAUUUAACAACUUUUAUAAAUGUACACUACAAAAUUCCAUCACAAAAAAUGUUGCAUAUCCCCAAAUUAGCCCCAUCUUGAAUAUUGUGCGACACACCAGCUUCUUCAAUAAGCUUCCCGCAGAACAUUUAUGGAAGGGUGUUACUGCUGUAAGUAAUGCUGGCAAAAAGCGUGGUAGAGGUAAGGGCACUGGAAAAAAGGUCGCCAAGGAUUUGAAUCGUGGCCAAACAAUUGGUUUUGGCAAGAAAAAUGUAGUCUGGCCCGGUCUUAAUUCACCCAUAAUAAGAGGCAAAGAAAUUGUUAGGCAGCAGGCACUGCCCGAAGACCCUGAAAGAGAAAAGAAUAUUCUCAAGUUGAGAGAUUCCUAUGGAGGAUUUCGUCAGAUAAAAGUAAGUCCUAUCGAUCGUGGCUGGUCAGGAUCUAAGUUACCGGGACGCAGUAUUGGAGCUCCAGAGGGCGAGAGCGAAGAUUCAUUCGAGGGCUUUGACACUCGUGUACUUGAGAAUAAAAUCGUUUUCAUCAUGAAAGGUAACAUGGGCCGAACAAGAAGAUUUUCCGUUAUGAGUGUAACUGGUAAUGGAAAUGGACUUGCUGGGUUCGCCACUGCCAAGGCCCCAGAAGCACGUACUGCCCUGAGAAAAUCAAAGAACAGAGCUGGUCAGAAAUUAAUGAAAUUCGAACUCUGCGAUAAUCGUACCGUUUUCCACGACUUCUAUUGUGCUUUUGGAAAGACCAAAAUAUUUGUAUCGAAAAAACCAGAAGGAUAUGGUCUUGUCUGUCAUCGAGGCAUUCAAACAAUUUGCAAGGUUUUGGGUAUUAAGGAUUUGCAUGCCAAAGUUGUUGGCUCGACAAACAUACAGCAUAUUGUAAAGGCUUUCUUCAUUGGUCUUCUACAGCAGCGAACUCACGACCAAAUUGCCGAAGAGAAGAAACUGCAUUUAGUUGAAUUCUCCAACGACAAAAAUGGUCUGCCAAAUGUUCGUGCUUUUGCCAAAGAUUGUCGCAAACCUGAAGAAAUCGCCAAGGAUGAGAUAAUGGAUUUCACACAGUACGUGUUGGGCGAUAAGAUUGUAUUGAAAAAGAAGAAGUUUGAACCAUUCUACACAAACACCGUGGGUCAUCAAUUAUAUCUCAGAAAACGAGAUCCCCUGCGAAAUCAAGAGCAAGUUAAAAUCGAUAUGUUGGUGAAUUACAACAAAAUUGGUAGCUUUUUAACAGACAAAGAUAUACAAUAGGGAAUUUUUGAUUUAAUGUCAAGUUGUUCAUGUUAUGCGAAAUAAUAAAAUUAUAAUAAUUAUAUAAAACAAAA